AUGGAUACAAUUUUGAAGGAAUAUGCUAAUAAGGAUCACACUGACAUGGAUUGUUUUGUCUGCUGUAUCUUAUCGCAUGGAAAUAAAGAUGGAGUGGUUUGUUGCGAUAAAAACUGUGUUAGUAUUGAAACAAUAACUGGUUAUUUUCGAGCGUCAUGUUGCCCAAGUCUCGCAGGAAAACCAAAACUCUUUUUUUUUCAAGCAUGUCGAGGGAUUGAUCAUAUGGGCGGGUGGCAAACAGAUGGUCCCAUUGCUUUGGACGGUGAAAAGAAUCUUAAAGUUGGAUCACUUCCAGAUGAAGCUGACUUUCUACUUGGUUUUGCUACAACAUCUGGAUAUGUGGCUUUCAGACAUAACAUAAAUGGAUCAAUAUAUAUUCAAACGCUGUGCACACUAUUGGAAAAAUAUGCAUCAGAGUAA